AUGAGUCGUUCACUGGAAUCUCUACAUCUCAAACACACAAAUGAACCGAUCCGAAUCCCGCAAGCUGCCCUGAGUUCUGCUUCUAUGCAAAUUGCACGUCAGUAUGAUCCACCGACACCUGAGGCCGAUACGCCCUACGUUCGCUUCGCUCUUGAUCAAAUCACGAGAGAUGAAGAUGAAGUUGAAGGCAAGCCCUGGCUUGGUCCAGAGUUCGGCAACUCCUACGAUGAAGGCCCGAUACCCAUAGAACAAGAGUAUCCCCCAGUGCCCGACAUGCCUUUCGACGACAUCUCUCCAAUUCCGAUACCUCCGAGAAGCCCAAAACGCAAGAGCAGCCAGACGCCGACACAACAUCCUUUGCAGCAACAGUUGAAUCUGUUCACGCCAUUUGAGCCUCACACCGACUCUUUCUAUGCCCCUCUGACCGCUUUGCCGCCUGUUCUUCGUCCAGGACGUCUCGGUGUCUUCAUCUCGUUAACGGCGCUCUACUUGAUCGCCCUCAUCUUUGCCGCGAUCUGGUCUCGUGUCCGCACUGGACUAUGCAACUAUGGAUCCCUUGGCGAUGGUACAUACUUCGUUUUUCAGUACUUGCCUACGCUUCUGGGCAUGAUCUUGCUUCUAUGGCUCUUCGAGAUCGAGAAAGCAGUGUAUAGAAUUGCACCCUUCGUUGCGCUGGCAUCCAAAAACUCGGCGCUUCGUGGACACGGUACUACAUUGCCCAUGUACCCAUCAGGUUUCGCAUUGCCUCCUCUUGCACACCUUAGGGCAGGUCAGCGAGCCAUUGGUACGUUCCUGAUCGCCUCGUGGCUCACUAUUUUCACCAUCCCACUGCUGGCUUCCUCUUUCAAUGUCUACUUCCGUGGAACCCCUGGUCGAUGGGUUUGGCUUGCCACGCAAGGAACCAUUUGGACCACGAUUGCACUGUAUAUUGUCUUGCUGGCUGCCUCUAUUACUCUAUGGAUCUUCCUUCAUCGCAGAGGAACUGGUCUGAAGUGGGAUGCUCGUACUUUGGCUGACUUGAUCGUCAUCACUGAACGCAGCAACAUCCUCGACCACUUCGCUGACAUUGGUGUUCACGUCAACAAGUACGAGCUCUGGGGCCACAGUACCGAGAGACAAGACAGACUAGGUUACUUCAACACUGCUUAUAACCCCAACGACGUUUUUCAUACUCUCGGUGCACCAAACAGACCUGCAAGACCGUACAGCACAGAAGAAAGUAUCCUCAACGAGAAGCUUCUGAGUCAGACCACUGGCUACUCUAACAUUAACGAUGCUGGAUAUGAUCGGCCCUACAGCUACGGCUCCCACAACACAACUGAUCUUGUCUUGCAACCUGACAACACUGAUAACUACCUGCCUUGGUUUCUUCGAACUGGCUUUGCCUCUCUCUGGUUCUUUAUUGCGCUUAUCCUCCUUCUCGCAUUCCUGGUAGUAUCCUACCUCCCAGCCACGGCAGUCAAUGCUGGAUUCUUGCCGGACCUUUCAGCAGCCGUCAACAGAUUUGGCUUCUCCUCAUCUAACUUCCUGUACUCGUUCGUGCCAUCUCUACUUGGACUGCUGUGUCUGCUAGUUUGGCAGCCCAUCGAUCUUGCUUUCCGCCGCCUGCAGCCGUACGCGUCAAUGUCCUCGCCAGGCGGUUGUCUUGCAGAGAAGAGCCUUCUCCUGUCCUACGCCGCUGAUGCACCUUUCGUCGUCACACUGAAAGCAGCAGUCAACGGCCACAUUCGCGUCGCAUUGCUCAGCUUCGUAACCAUCAUUGCCUCGCUUCUCCCAAUCCUGGCUGGUGGUGUCUUCUGGAGUCAAUUCUACAUUGACCAGCAACGUGUUCGAGUGAGCGCACACAUGACUGCUUUCUACCCUCUGACGGUCUUCCUCGUCAUCUACGCCCUCGCAUACAUUCUCGUGUUUGCAGGCCACAAGCGCGCACUGCCCAACCGUGGCAUCACCCUUGCGGACACAAUCUCUCUUCUGCACCAAAGCCGUCUUCUCAAUGAUGCUGCCUUCCAAGCACCUGCAACUAAGACUGCCCUGGUCACGCGUCUGCUCUCCGCUCCUGUUGGCGAGCGCAACAGCUACCAUCAAAACCCUGAUACCGAGGGGGCUGUCACCGGCAGCAAGGUCUCAAUCGCCGAUUCUCUGCGCGGUUUUGGACGCGCCAGAGCUGAUGCUACAACGCUCCUGGCAAGCUCGGAGCUGCCUCGCUAUGGAUAUGGAAAGUACUUUGGUCGUGAUGGCAAGCGUCAUGUUGGUGUCGACCGU